GGAUGUGAGCAAGCCGUCUGCAGUGUAGAGGAGGCGGAGGAGAAGGAGGAGAAGAGGAGGAGAGGAAAAUGAGCUCCUCGCUAUGACCGCUGGAGUCUGAACGAGCAAAGCGGCUCGUUUCUUCCCCAUGAACACGCAGAGACAAAAUCAUCAGUUCACACUGGCAAAGAUGAGUGUUGCUACCAGACCUGAAGGAGGAGAUGACUAAAGAGGAAGUGCUGAAGGAGUCCUCGGAAGAAGACGCAGUCCUGGCCCGGUCCGGUGUUCUUUCCCACGCUCCUGCUCGCCCCGUUAUUCACCAGGUGGCAUCCGCGCCCAUGCCUUCCGACUGUGAUUUCUCUUUCUUUGACCCCAGUGAUCCUCAGUGUAGGGUUGUGCUGUUGGAUCCCGGUACCACAGUACCCGAGCUGUUCGCCGUGCUCAGGCAGUGGGUCCCUCAAGUGCAGAAGAACAUAGAACUCAUUGGUAACGAGAUUCUGAAGAGAGGCUGUGGUGUCAAUGACAGAGAUGGUCUUACCGACAUGAGCCUGCUGCAUUACUGCUGCAAAGCUGGUGCACCAGGCAUAGGUGAUGCAGAAAGUGCAGCGAAUUUUGCCCGGAAGCUCUUAUCUCUGGGAGCAGACCCAUCUCUGCGCAGCCGCUGGACCAACAUGAGUGCCCUUCAUUACGCUGCCUACUUCGACGUUCCUCACCUCAUCCGUGUGGUGUUGCAGGCGUCUCAGCCGGGAGAAGUGGAUGCCACCUGCAGUGAUUUUGACUUCGGCACUGCCCUGCACAUCGCCGCUGCUAACCUCUGCACCGCUGCAGUCCGCUGCCUGCUGGAGCUCGGCGCUAAUCCUGCAUUCAGGAAUGAUAAGGGACAGUGUCCUGUAGACGUGGUGCCUGAGCCUCUGGACAUGCCUCUUGAGAUGGCAGAUGCUGCAGCUCAGGCCAAAGAGCUGAGGACGUUGCUGAGGGAUGUUCUACCCCAACCUGUCACUCCUCGGUCUCUCAUGCCCGGGCAAGCCCUCGACCUUCACUCAGAGAAGGCCCAAGCACAUCUCGCCAAUAUGGGCAUCCACCUCGGAGACAAGGUCGUCAUCGCUGGCCAGAAGGUGGGGAUCCUGCGGUUCUGUGGCAGCACCGAGUUUGCCGGGGGUCUGUGGGCCGGUGUGGAGCUUCAGCAGCCGGAGGGGAAGAAUGACGGAUCCGUAGCUGGUGUUCAGUACUUUACCUGCCGUAUGAAACAUGGAAUCUUUGCUCCCCUUUCUAAAAUCAGUAAAUUCUCUGAGCGACGCAGACCCAUCCCUCGUCACCCCGCCGCUCCUCUCCGCCCCCCUCGCCACAUCGACCUCUCCCGGGUCAAGUCGAAAGUCGACACAGGUUUAGCGUCAAUAAAGGCGAGGUCCUUACCAACACUUGCAGGUGGAGCGGAUGUUCAGACAGGUGCUCUGUCACGCAGCUGUUCCACAUCCUCCUCCUCUCUGGACUACAGACACGCCCCUGCCCUCCACCCUCCAAUCCCUGCACCUCGUCAGAGACGUCCCCUUCGUCCUAGGCAAGAAUGGACGCCUCCUAACUCCAGAUCUACUCCUCCACCAUCCUCGCAGUGUGGCACGGCACGCAGCAGGACUCCAUCAGCCUGCAGCUCAGUAUCAGAUGUUCCCAUGUUGCGUUUGGGAGAGCGAGUUCUUGUGAUCGGUCAGAGGACGGGAGUUGUCCGAUUCUGUGGCAAGACCAGCUUUGCCCCAGGAAUUUGGCUUGGGAUUGAACUGGAUAAGCCCAGUGGGAAGAACGAUGGCUCUGUCGGAGGGGUGAAGUAUUUCAGCUGCCCGCCUAAACAUGGAGUAUUUGCUCCACCUUCACGAGUGCAGCGGAUCCAUGGCUCUGUGGACUGCCUGUCAGAACUGUCCUCCUCCCGAUACAAUCACACCUUCACCGGAAUGCGUCGGAGUUUGAGCACCACUUCAACUAUUGCCACACAGCGAGAGCCAAAUCGGAAGACUCAGGCUAACCGCAACCAUUUGUCCAGCACUCGCCGGCGAUGGAACUCUCUCAGUUCUGCCUCGGCUGCAGCCUCUCCUCGAGGUCCAGGCACUCUAGGUGGCACCGUCAGCUCCUCUGGCACGGACAGCGCUGUCAAACUGCACCUGGGCAUGCAGGUCCUGCUCAGCAGUGCCAAUGAAAUGGGCACCAUCCGCUACUUUGGCACGGCUGACUUUGCACCAGGCCUCUGGCUGGGCCUGGAGCUGCGCAGUGCUAAGGGGAAGAAUGACGGUUCAGUUGGCUCUAGGCGCUACUUCAGCUGUCGGCCUCUCCAUGGAGUCCUGGUUCGCCCGAGCAGGGUCACCUACCGCGGUAUUAACGGAGCCAAGCUGGUGGACGAAAGCAGCUGAGACCACAUGCUAUUAGCUUUUUUCCACUUUCACCUGUCUCUCAGCUCUGUCAUGCUCUUUUUCUUCUCUAGUAAAUAAGCAGCUGGAUGGAUGGAGGGACAAUAUGCUGCCAGAGGACGAGAUGAAGCACUUUGAAAGCACAAAGGACAGGGUUAUUAGUCAGCAAUUCAGUCUGUGUAAUGAGAUUUAUUGUGUGUUGUUUGGGUUCUGGAUGAUAUUUACCAGGGAAUUGAGUUUAGUCAUUUGUUUUCUUAUUAGAGAAUGUUCACCUUGGAAGUGAGGUCAGGUAUUUAAGUUAUACUCAAGUUAUUAUUAAGUGAAAUUUAGUUACUUGGUGACUGUUUUUUUGAGAGAUAAAUAUUUUAUUUGGAUUGUUAGGUGAAUAGCUGAACAGUAGCAAUCUGUAAGCACUUUAAACAAAAAUCAUGCGGAUUAUGACAAUGACUUUCAUCAGGCAUAUGGUAUAAUGAACUAAGAACAUAUUAAUAUCAUGUUAUAAAGCAUGCAUAAGGUAUCAUACACAUUGUCGAAAUGUUUAUGAAAAUGCUUUACACUUUAUAGCAACAUUUACUAUGCAUUAUGAAUUGUUACCAUGAUGAAUUAUAAGUAGUGUUUGUAACAUAUUAUUAACACCAUUACCAAGGAAACCAAGCACUUAUAAACUCUGGCAGAAAUUGUUUUCAGUAUUGAUAUGAUGUGUUAUAAAGAGUGCUUGUAAUACAUUUUUCCCACAAUUUAUAAAUGCAUUAUAAACGUUGCUAUAAAUGGUAAUAGGUUAGGUUAGGUUCAACUUUAUUGUCAUUGUCAGAGUACGAGUACAGAGACAACAAAAUGGAGUUAGCAUCCCACCAGUAGUGCAAAUAGCAAAUAAGUUAAAUGGAAUAAAUAAGAAUUAUGGUGGAGUAAGUUGAGAUAGACAGUAUACAGGUAGAGGUAAGCUGCAUGAUGCAUGCAAUAUGAUGCAGUGGAUACAUACAGUGGAUAAAAAUGCAGACGUGCAAAUGGCAAUAACGUGCAAAUAACAGUCUGAAUAUAAGUAAUAGUAGUAAUAAUAGUGAUAGCAAUAAUAGUAAUAAUACCUUUUCAUAAAAAAUAUAACAGUGUGAAAAUUGCCUUAUGAAUGCUUUAUAACAAGAAAUGAAUGUAUUCAAAGGGCAUUAUACAUAUGACUUUCACAGAAAGUGUUACUGUAGGAUGUUACUUUUUUCCUUUAUGAUUUUUUUUUCCUUUAUGAUUUAUGAUAGUGCAUAGCCUUGGGGUACAAAAAAAAAGUUUCUUUCAUAUUGUUGAGAAUGAGGCCAAGAUCAUUGCAUACAAUAGCACUUUAUUGGUGUUACUACUGAACUCCCACACGUUUCUUUUCUCUCCCAAGAAUAAUGUUUAAACAGUUGCUAGGUACAGACUUGGUUUAAUGUUGCUAUUUUCACUCUGACCAUGUUCAUUUUGCUAAAGAAAGAGAAAAACAUAAUGCAAGCUUUCUCUCAAAGCAUUUGCUUAGUCAGAAUCAUUGAACACACAUUUAUCAUUUACCCUUCUGAUUUCCUUCUGAAUGCAGCUUCAGGAAAUAAAUUUCCCAGAAGAAUUA